AUGCUGCCAAGUUCUAGUUUGAAUAACCACCCUUACCUCUGCAGCCUCCCCCUCACGUUACCAUCCAAUCCCUGCUUGCCAGGUGGCGCCCAUCGAGUGGAGCUGUGCUCAGGUCUCGUGGAAGGAGGGGUCACUCCCAGUAUAGGCUUGGUGACGGCAGUUGUACAGGCCAUUCCCAUUCCCGUGCACGUGCUUAUCCGACCUCGGGCGGGCGAUUUUGUCUUUAGCGAAGAAGAGAUGAAGGCGAUGGCAUGUGACAUUAAAGCAUGUGCUAAAGCCGGGGCAGCUGGGGUGGUGGUGGGCGCUUUGACUCCUUCGGGCGAUAUUGACGAACCAAAGCUUCACCGCUUCCUCGCAAGUGCGGUCCGCCAUUCACUGCCAGUCACCUUCCACCGGGCCUUUGACCACACAAGAGAUCCUAUGGCUGCACUGCAGGUUCUUAUAUCGAGUGGAGUGACGAGGCUGCUGACGUCAGGGCAGCGGGUUACAGCAGAGGAAGGAGUGGGGCUGAUCAGGAAGUUGGUGGAGGAAGCACAAGGAAGAAUCCAAAUCAUGGCUGGAGGUGGAGUAAAUCCAGAGAAUGCAGCAAGUAUUGUCACGCAAUCAGGUGUAUCGCACAUCCAUGCAUCGGCACGAUCGUUGGCACCGCAAACAGAGAAGAUACACUUGAAUGAUCUCUGCCCAUUUGGAGCAACAAGUAUGCCUCCAGAAGGAUGCCUCAUGCAAACUAAUCCUCGGAAGGUUUCUGCAAUACUUCUAGCAAUUCAACCCAAGUGA